AUGUCGAACCAAUCUGAUAGGCCAUGGACUGAGGACGACAAGUACACUCUACUCACUGAGAUCCUCAAGAAAGCUGGAUUUCCCUCUAGUUAUCUAGUUCGCAUGAUUAAAGAAUAUGGGAUAACUCCGAAUUGGGAGCAUAUCCCCCUCCCUCAAGGCCGUUCACUCAGCUCAUGCAAAACGGCUUAUCUCAACAUGGUGCAACAGCCCGCGCAACCUUCACAUCCAGUGGCUCCAUUUCCACCACGAUUCGAUAUGACCGGCCCACCAACCCCAAUGGACCCAAGCAUGCGCAAGCGGCCAUUUUACCCAUCCGACAAACCAGUACCGCGCGCAAUUCAGCCUCGGCCACCAGCAAGCACCGGUCCACCAGCCAGCACAGCCUCUUACAGCAGCGAAAGCGGCGCAUCAGCCCAGCUCUCUCCAAGACUAGACACCGGCGAACCACCCCGCAAACGAGGACGCCCCAGCAAAGCAGAGACCGAGCGGCGCAAACUUCUAGCCGAAGCCCGCGGCGAGCCCUACCCAGCUCCCCGCCGCUCCGGCUCAGGUCGACUGAAGAUCCCCCCUCGCCAACCAGUCCCGCAGGCCCAGGCCCAGGCCCAAGUCAAGCCAUCAGCCCCAACCCAAGCCCCAAGCCCAAUGCUCUACGACUCGGCCAUGCGCUCAAUUCCCGCUCCGGCAGAAGACCGCCGCGACAUCCCACCUCGCAACUUGGGCUCCAACAUGCGUGAGCUCCCCCGGCCCACGGAAAUGGUUCAUCCCCUCCCAUCACCCCAUGCGCUGCAGCUCGGACCCCCAGACGCGUUCCCCAGACUCGCUAUCAGUAGCCCCGCCGAGCGGGCGUACAAUUUCCCACCGGAUCGCUUCUCGCCGUCGGACAGUGACCGCCGCGACUCGGUUACUAGCCGGCCUGAUCAGCCCGGUCCGUACGAGGGACGCAUGAGUACGCCUUCGGAAAAACCGCCGCGAUGA